AUGCCCCGCGAGCUCAUUACGCUGCAGGUGGGCCAAUGCGGCAACCAGAUCGGCCGACAGUUCUGGCAACUAGCCCUCGAGGAGCACGCUCAGAACUGCAAGCGGGCCGAGUUCGAUGAGAGCAUGAGCAGCUUCUUCCGCAACGUGGACUGCCGGUUCUCGCCGCCCGUGGAUCUGCCAUUUGACGGCGGCCAGUCGCCUAUUAAGUCGCUUAAGGCCCGUGCCAUCCUCGUGGACAUGGAGCAGGGCCCCGUGGCCGAGACUAUGACCGGGCCUCUGGGUGAGCUUUUUGACCAACAGCAGUUGCUCACGGACGUGUCUGGCUCGGGUAACAAUUGGGCGCACGGCCAUUGUCUGUAUGGCCCCAAGUACAGGGAACAACUAGAGGACAAACUGCAUCGGGCCGUAGAGCUCUGCGACUCUCUUCAGUCGUUCUUUGUCAUGCACUCUAUGGGUGGAGGCACAGGUUCCGGACUUGGCACGUACAUCUUGGGAUUGCUGGAAGACCAGUACCCGGACGUCUACCGGUUCGCGACCGUCGUGUUCCCGUCUGAAGAUGACGACGUCGUCACGUCCCCAUAUAAUAGCAUGCUUGCGCUGAGAGAACUAACAGAACACGCUGAUUGUGUGCUACCUAUCGAGAACGAAGCGCUCAUGGGUCUGUGCGCGAAGAUCGACCGUGGAACGGCAGCGGCUGGGACUUUAUCGGCGAACGAAAAGCAGUUCACACGCGUGAUGGGUGGCUCCCGUCUGACUGAUAGCGUGGAUUUGAGAGAGCUAGAGUAUUUCUACAAAAGCGGUAAAGUGCUGCAGACGACAGCUACACAGCCGAUCAAGAGGAAGAACACGACUGCACGUCCUAGCGCGCAGAAGAAAGCAAGCGCGUUUGGAGAAAUGAAUAAUAUUGUGGCACAUUUGCUGACCAAUCUGACGAGCUCAAUGCGGUUCCAAGGCUCAUUAAAUGUGGAUCUGAACGAGAUCACGACCAACUUAGUGCCGUUCCCUAAGCUCCACUUCCUUCUGUCGAGUAUGAGCCCCGUGUUCGCCACCUCUGAUCCCAGACAGCAGCCUCGUCGACUAAAUCAAAUGUUCACCGAAGCUUUUCAAAAGGACCAUCAAUUAAUCCGGGCAAACCCACGCGCGAGCGUGUACUUGGCGUGCGGUUUGUUGAUGCGAGGAAACGUGGAAGUAUCGGACAUCAACUCGAAUAUCCAGCGUAUGCAGUCCGAGGUGCGUAUGAUCCAUUGGAACCAGGAAGGCUUCAAGGUGGGGAUAUGUUCGGUGCCUCCUGUGGGGCAGAAGUCGUCGUUACUCUGUUUAUCCAACAACUGCUGCAUCCGAGAAACAUUUGAGCGUUUGAAUACGCGUUUCCACAAACUUUACAGCCGCAAGGCGCACAUGCACCACUACACCGAGUUUAUGGACGCUGACAUACUAGACGAAGCGCAAGAGAAUGCUCGAUUUUUGAUCGGGGAAUAUGCCAAUCUGGAACGCGCUUCAGAGGCUACACAACCAGCAAUAACAACAAGCACAAGGCGGUUGCAACCGCUCUUUUAG